AUGACUCACAAUAGUUCAAUGGAAACAUCGUCUCUUCUUUACACAUUUGUUACAGUCAUCUGUUUGAUGACAGGAUGGCUUGCCGAUUAUGGCAAUGCCCAGUUAGUGAAUUGCAAAGCAUCUGACAGAGAAACUCUUAUUGACUUCAAAAACGGACUCGUGGAUCCAAAGAACCUGCUCUCAUCAUGGGAAGGGAGCAAUUGCUGUCAAUGGUGGGGAGUAGGUUGCAACAAUUGGACAGGAGAUGUUAUUGUUGUUGAUAUCCACAACCCAGAUAAAUUUCUUAACUUUACUAAUUUUAGUUCACUUGCUGUGUUAGACCUUAGUCAUAACAUCUUUCACUCAUUCCCUCAAUGGCUUGUGAACGUCAGCAGCCUCAUGUACAUUGAUCUCAGCUUUAACUCCAUUUGGGAUAGCAUUCCAGUUGGUUUUACAAAGCUGCCAAAUCUGCGGUUCUUGAAUCUUAGGGGCAACGGUCUCAUGGUCAGCACCUAUCAAUUGUUCGAGGAGAGUUGGAGCAAAAUAGAAGUUAUUCAAUUGGGAUUCAAUUUUGUGCAGGGUAAGCUACCACCUUCUAUUGGAAACUUGACAUCUCUCACUCAUCUUGCUUUGCCAGGCAAUAGUAUAGAGGGCAACAUUCCGAACUCAAUUUUCAAGCUUUGCAGUCUGGAAUAUCUUGAUUUAUCAUAUAAUAAUCUAACAGGAAGUUUACCUGAACACCUUGAAGGGACAAAGUAUUAUCUUUAUGAAAGUCCAUUGCCUCAUUUGCAGAACUUGGUGUUGACCAGAACUCGUUUGGUUGGUAUAUUGCCAAAUUGGUUGGGUCAACUUCAAAAUCUUGUUCAACUAAAUUUGGAUUCCAAUUUCUUCCAUGGUUCUGUCCCUGCUGCUUUUGGGACAUUGAGACAUUUAGCUAUCUCAAACUUGUCCAUCCUAGAUGUCUCUUCCAAUCGUUUGACUGGAACACUCCCUGAUAGUUUGGGCAAGCUUUCUGAAUUGUCAUUCCUAGAUGUUUCUUCCAAUUGUCUCACUGGUAUUGUCUCUGAAUCUCAUUUUGCAAAGCUAACAAAAAUCAAAGUCCUAAGCUUUUCUUGGAAUUCUUUCAUUUUCAAAAUUAGUCCUAAUUGGGAUCCACCAUUUCAAGUUGAGUCCCUCAUGCUGUCUUCAUGUCGUUUAGGUUCAUUUCCAGGAUGGCUUAAAUCACAAAGGCAUCUUCUUGAUCUGGAUUUAUCAAAUGCUAAUAUGUCAGGCCCUAUACCCAGUUGGUUUUGGGAUAUUUCUGGCAACCUCUCUUUGUUAAACUUUUCUUCCAAUUCAUUAUGGGGUCAAUUACCAAAUAAAUUCAAAGUACAUUUUAAUGCAUUCACUGAUUUGAGUUUCAAUCUCCUUGAAGGGCCAAUUCCUCUUCCAACUAACCAAAUUAUAAUUUUAAAUCUUUCUCAUAACAAUUUUUCUGGCCCUAUCCCAGAAAAUAUUGGUGACUUGUCAUUCCUUAGCUUCUUUUCUCUUGCAAAUAACCAAAUUUCUGGUGAAAUCCCAACAUCUAUAGGGGAACUGCAGGUAGCAAGUGUCAUUGACCUUUCAAGGAACACUUUAACAGGAAGCAUUCCUAAGAGUAUAGGCAAUUGCCUUUACCUGGAGGUCCUUGAUCUUCAGAACAACAAUUUAUCAGGAAAAAUUCCAAGGUCUUUGGGUCAGUUAUCUGAUCUUCAAACAUUGCAUCUGAGGGACAACAUUAUCACAGGAAAACUCCCUUCAUCCAAUGCCUUUUCAGGAAAAAUUCCUUCUGCACUGUUGAAUUUGACUUCUUUGAAAAUCCUGGAUCUAGCAGAAAAUCAGCUGAGUGGAAGCAUUCCUCCAGGAAUGAGUAAUCUCAACGCCAUGACUCAAGAACAAAAUAUUAAGCAGGAUUUAAUUUAUGGGUGGGUGGCUGGUGUCUAUUAUGAAGAAAAUGUAAUUGUGAAUACGAAAGGCCAGUCUUUAGAAUACACAAGGACUCUUUCCUUUCUAACUUGCAUAGACCUUUCAGGGAACUAUUUACAUGGAGAGUUCCCACAUGAAGUAACAAAAUUGGCAGGAUUGGUGGUUUUGAACUUGUCAAGGAAUCAAAUCAGUGGUCAAAUUCCCCAGAGCAUUUCAGAAUUGCAUCAGUUGGCAUCACUUGAUCUAUCAUGUAAUAUGUUUUCUGGUCCAAUUCCUUCAAGCAUCAUCUCAAUGUCCUUUCUGGAGUUCUUGAACAUGUCAUACAAUAAUUUCUCAGGAAGAAUCCCUUACGCAGGACAAAUGUCAACUUUUGAGGCGUCUUCUUUUUCUGGGAAUCCUGGACUUUGUGGUGCUCCUCUUGCUGUUGAAUGUUCUGAUUCUGGUCCAUCUAUUCCAGGAAUCAAUGGUGAGAUUGAUAAUGGCGAUGGAUACAUUGUUGAUAAGUGGCUUUACCUUGCCAUUGGGCUGGGAUUUGCAGCUGGUGUGCUGAUUCCUUAUCUGCUUAUGGCAUUUAAAAGGACUUGGAGCUACAUGUACUUUGAUUCUGUGGACAAAGUUGCUGAUGCAUUAUUAUAUUUGCGUUGCAAAACAUCAGCUUGUUUUAGGAACCAUUGUUAUCAUCGACGUUAA